AUGAUCGAGGAUCCGCACAGGUUGCACAUCGCGCACAAGGGGUUCCUCGAGUCCUACUUCAUGUACGGCUUCCAGGUCAACCAGUCAGCACACCUCCCCCUCAUCUCGUUCUGCACGACUGUGGUGCACGUUAUCAUAGUCAAGGGCUCCAUCACGGUGAUGUCCUUGGCGAAGUUCUCCCUCGCGGAGGUGGCGCUAACUGUGUUGCCGUGCACAAUCGUAGUCGCGAUUACGGGCUCGGUAGCCCACAUGGUGAUGCUACAGUUCGGGGUCGUCCACUUGUCCAGCACUAAGAUUUACCUCACGGUGUCAGUCACGAGCGUGUUGUACCCGAGAGCUUGUCGAACUGAUCUAAUGAUCUCGCUCGUGAACAUGUCGAUGCUCGGGACCCCCCUGCUGCCUGAACAACAACUACAAGUACUCCCCCGCGACCAUGGGCCUUCUUACUUAGUUAUCAAGUACGGUCGACCAUCAAGUGUAGUCUUCACUUACUGUUCGUUCCUGGAGGACGUCUACCUUACGGUCCUGUAUGGGUGCGUGUCGUCGAACGUCCAACAUGUUCUCCAUCGUCUCGAUCUACCUGUUACGGUGCGCGACAUGGUCGGGCCACGGGCUUGUGGGCAACAGACUCGAGAAGACGCCCGGCUUAUGAUCACCUAUAUGAACAUGGACACAGACAUUUACUCGAACAAUAGCCUCUUUCACAAGUUGGAGCAGAUGGUACACAUCAUCACGAUCGGUGGCGCGAACAUGAACAAAAGCGCAUUUAUGCGCAUAGACCGGGCUGUGCUCGCACGCGGGCUCGGUCUGGUGCGAGAGGGUGCCUAUGACCUCGGUACGAUCCCCAGCUAUAUCGAGGACGUGAGCUUAGUUAGUGUCCUCGGACACGAACAAGAACCGGAACAAGAACCGGAGCAAGAACCGGGACAAGAGCCGGAACGAGAACCCGCACAAGAACCCGUGCAAGAACCUGAACAAGAACCUGAACGUGAGGUGCAUGUUCACGGACAUGUUGUCGGCCACGCAGAUCGCGACGAUCGUAUCGUGUUCACGAUCUUCUCCACAUACAGGCACUGGGACGACCACGUUCAGAUGAUCAUGUUGGCAAAGCCACUCAAGUCCAUGGCUGAUCACCGCGUGCGUUGGCUCAACUACGAACCUCAACUUCUUCACGACCGUAGACAAGACUCCCGGCCUAUCCACGCAGCCCCCUUCAUGAACUUGAACAUGGACAUGGCCACGUUCUCGGACGAGAUCGAGGCCGUCCUGUACUCGAACCCCAGCGUGAUUAGGGUGUGGAUCGUACCCAUGAUCGUCAACGGGAGCCUGGAGCCAAAGAGGAUCAGCGUCUCGGUCGUGACGCAGGCGCAAGAGGUGGGUGUCGAUCCUGCCGCGUACGAGAGUAGGAUGAGCACGGGAUACAGAAAGCACAGGGCCGCCAUGAAUACGACAGGGAUCGUGGACUUGUAG